AUGGGUUACCAUGCCAUCUUCAACCCCGCUUCCGACCCAAAGAUAGCAGCUCGCUUGGAGCGUGCCCCGGGCACAUCGCCGGAGGAAAUGAAAGCCAGUCUGCGCGAGUAUCAUCAUCACUUUGUUGCUCUGAAGAACAUCUAUGGCUCUGGACGCAAAACCAUGGCCCAGAUGCUGGCCAAGAAGUAUGAUCUCGUGCCGGUUCAUUGCGGCACCCUUAUUCGCACUGAAGUCCUCAAAGGCACCAAGCUGGGUACGGCUAUGUCGACGUACACUGAGGCCAGGCUACCAGUUGGUCAGUCAUACAAGUCCUCCUUCACCGCUAGAAUUCGCUUCUCCCGGCAGUUGGCAAGCUACUGUCACUUCAAAAUGUUCCCCUGCAUCAUAAACCUGAGCGCCGCCAGCCAUGACGUGCACUCUCCAACCUACGACAGGUUUGAAUCACCUGACUCUGUCCUCUUAAAAGGCAGAAAGGAAAAAGAAAGAAAAGACUUGCUGAACACAAAUCUCCGGAGUUUAGCCGCUUACCAAUCCAACUCCAAUUCUGUCAUUAGGAUUUAA